AACUUUAAAUUUUACGACUUAAUUCUAAGAAAGAUGUCAAUCGUUGAUGAAAAUUAGUUGGUUAAAACGCGCUUAAUACAACAAAUAUACCGUUCAUAUAGGUAAUACAAAAUAACAAUCAUGGGGAAUUAUUUGAGAAAGACAAGACGAAAAACUGAUCAUAGGACGCAUCGAGCAGAAAUAUGUGAUAAUGUGCGGUCGCAUCAGAUGAAUAGACCAAUAGAAAAUAUACAAGGACCUAUUAGAACACAAGAAUCAAGUGAAUUAGUCAGUGACAUAGAGAGACACAUCGAAGACACCACGAAACUUCACCAAGUGUUGGAGAACAAAACACAUGUGGUGGCUACAUACAUGGAAGAACUUGUUGAUCGCAUUGGUGAGGACGUAGAAGCCCACAAGCGAGACUAUGACGCCCAGAAGGCCGAGAUUUUACAGCAGCAGCAGCAGGUGGAUGAAGCCUUCAAAACGGACCUCAAAAACACUUUACUUCAACACCAUAUAAAAAGCAAUUCUACCCUUUCGCUGGGGCCGUUCUUUCGUCAUGGAGACUCCCGCCUGGAGGAUUUCUUCAUUCCUCCAAGGCUUUUUGAAGUAUUGCAAAAAAUAAAGGUUGAUACCGAGAACCGGGCAACAGAAAACCAGAAAUCUCCUAUUACAUCACUUGAACAGCUACUGACACCUAAUGAUAAAACGAAAAAAAUCACAAUCAUAACCGCGAAUGCUGGUGUUGGUAAAACAUCAUUUUGUAAGUUUGUAGCUGUUUUGUGGUGCGCAUUACAUGACGACCAAACGGAUACAAUCAGCAAAUUUAAAGAGAGGUUUGACAUUCCCUUUGCUUCUUUAAAAGACAUACCCUAUCUCCUCUACAUUCCCAUGAGGGAUAUUCCACCAAACCGCACCCAUUCCAUUGAAGACAUCGUCUUUGCUCACUUGGAAAAGGAGAUUGGAUACCAGAAGCAAGACCGAGAAAAACUGGAAAGGGUAUUCACAGACGAACGUUGUUUGGUCAUCUUAGAUGGAAUGGACGAGACUUCUUUGUCAACGUUGAACUCACCAAUGGCAAACCGGAAGUACAGCAUAAUUAUAACAUGCCGCCCAUGGAAACUCGCAGAUAUGGCAUUGCCGAAGUACAUGCAUGUUAGUAUUGACGAUCUUAGCCAAAAUUUCCAAAAACAGCUGUUUGAACACGUGAAUCAAAUCUUAAACAUUUUUUACGGGACAAAGUUUGAAGUUGAAGACUUCUUUGCCACUUUACAAACACUGAAACUGCAGUCACUUUCCUCCAACACGCUCGUGGGACUCCAACUUUACUGCGUCUGGCAAGAUCGACGUAUGGACGACGAAACACCAAAAAAUAACAAAACUAGUGUAACGCUUGGGCCAACAAGAUCACACAUCUAUGCAGAUAUAUUGGAAAUGAUGUUCAGCUUAGUAAACAACAAAAGCAAAGAUAGCUCAGAACGUCCACAUACACCACCUCCCGCACAAAGGCCUCUUCCUAAAUGUUUUGAGGGACGAAAGCUGUGUAAAGCAAAAUCUUCUUUAAUUUAUGAAACAGGAAAAGUUGCUUUUGAGAUGUUAAUUAACUCGAAGAACAAUUUUAACGAGGCAACCAUGAAUUCGUUACAAGAUAAGCAAUUUCUUUUACAUUCAGGACUGAUCUCAGCCGAUAGGUCACACAAGUGCAGUAUUGAAAUCAAAGAGUACCGAUUUCUACACAAAACCUACCAGGAAAUGUUAGCAGCAUUAUUUAUUUCGUCACUGGAUUUCAAGAGUGAAGACUGGCUUGCGUUUGAGAACAACUUCAAUACUGCGUUUUCACCGGACUUAAUGUCCUUCCUGUGCGUGAUGAAUUACGAGCAUGGCCGGCGAUGUUCGGAAAUGUUCGGGGAUACGAAGCGGGAGUUUUACAGAGGAUAUACAUGUUAUAAAAAUGAGAUCAUCGAGUACCAAGACGCCGUGCUACUUUCGUACAACGAAUGUGUAAAUAAUGGUGUGUCAAAUCCGCAACUUACGUUCAGACAUGCACACCUAGAUAGGGAAAACAAUGCGGCAUAUUAUCCACUCUUGCAACACAGCCGUAAUGGAUUGAAGUCGUGCAUAAUUGAAUGUUCCGAAGAAUACCCUGUUAUCAUCAGCAUGACAGGCAUGGAACAACUGAACACAUUAUGUAUAUUCAGUGAAAAUGAGAACGAUGCUUAUCCACAAACUAUUCCAACAUGUUCUUUAAACAAAUUAACAGUCCUGUGUCUGUUCAAUUUUUACAUAGAAAAUGACAACCUACACCUGUCAUCAUGUGAAAAUCUUACAAUUUUGGUUCUGAAUAACGUCCACCUCGAUCAUGUGACUAUCGCCCCGGCACAGCUGGAGGAGUUCUGGGUAUACAUCAAGGAUGACAUGCUGGAGAAGACACCCCCAAUGGAGGUGACAUUCGCACGCGGGGAACAGUUUACAGAGAAAUUACGAGAGCUCAGUCUGGUCAACGUUACUUUUAAUGAAACCCUUAAUAUACGGCAGUGUGAUAAACUACAAAAACUGCAGCUGGGCACAUUAACAUUUCCUGACGACUUUCACCUGGACCUUUCCUCAUUCACGGACCUCAUUGACGUAACACUACAGAAUCUCCGUCUCCACCAUGUGACCAUAGCCCCGGCCCAGGUGGAGGAGUUCUGGGUCUACAUCAAGGCUGACAUGCUGGAGAAGACACCCCCAAUGGAGGUGACAUUCGCACACGGGGAACAGUUUACAGACAAAUUACGAAAGCUCAGUCUGAUAAACGUUACUUUUAAUGAAACCCUUAAUAUACGGCAGUGUGAUAAACUACAAAAACUGAAGCUGGACACAUUAACAUUUCCUGACGACUUUCACCUGGACCUUUCCUCAUUCACGGACCUGACUAAAGUAACACUACUGGAUCUCCGUCUCCACCAUGUGACCAUCGCCCCGGCCCAGCUGGAGGAGUUCUGGGUCUACAUCAUGGGUGACAUGCUGGAGAAGACACCCCCAAUGGAGGUGACAUUCGCACGCGGGGAACAGUUUACAGAGAAAUUACGAGUGCUCAGUCUGAAAAACGUUACUUUUAAUGAAACCCUUAAUAUACGGCAGUGUGAUAAACUACAAAAACUGAAGCUGGACACAUUAACAUUUCCUGACGACUUUCACCUGGACCUUUCCUCAUUCACGGACCUCACUGAAGUUACACUACAUAAUCUCCGUCUCCACCAUGUGACCAUCGCCCCGGCCCAGCUGGAGGUGUUCUUUGUUAAAAUCAAUAAUCAGAUGCGGAAGAAGACACCGCCUAUGGAGGUGACAUUCGCACAAGGUGAACAGUUUACAGAGAAAUUACGAAAGCUCACUCUGAUAAACGUUACUUUUAAUGAAACCCUUAAUAUACGGCAGUGUGAUAAACUACAAAAACUGCAGCUGGACACAUUAACAUUUCCUGACGACUUCCACCUGGACCUGUCCUCUUGCACGGACCUCACUGAAGUUACACUAUGGAAUCUCCGUCUCCACCAUGUGACCAUAGCCCCGGCCCAGCUGGAGGAGUUCUGUGUCUACAUCAAGGAUGACAUGCUGGAGAACACACCCCCAAUGGAGGUGACAUUCGCACGCGGGGAACAGUUUACAGAGAAAUUACGAGAGCUCAGUCUGGAUAACGUUACUUUAAAUGAAAUCCUUAAUCUACGGCAGUGUCAUAAACUACAAAAACUGCACCUGGACACAUUAACAUUUCCUGACGACUUUCACCUGGACCUGUCCUCUUUCACGGACCUCACUGAAGUUACACUAUGGAAUCUCCGUCUCCACCAUGUGACCAUAGCCCCGGCCCAGGUGGAGAAGUUCUGGGUCUACAUCAAGGAUGACAUGCUGGAGAAGACACCCCCAAUGGAGGUGACAUUCGCACGCGGGGAACAGUUUACAGAGAAAUUACGAAAGCUCGGUCUGCACAACGUUACUUUUAAUGAAACCCUUAAUAUACGGCAGUGUGAUAAACUACAAAUACUGAAGCUGGACACAUUAACAUUUCCUGACGACUUUCACCUGGACCUUUCCUCAUUCACGGACCUCACUGAAGUUACACUAGAAAAUCUCCGUCUCCACCAUGUGACCAUCGCCCCGGCCCAGCUGGAGGUGUUCUUUGUUAAAAUCAAUAAUCAGAUGCGGAAGAAGACACCGCCUAUGGAGGUGACAUUCGCACAAGGUGAACAGUUUACAGAGAAAUUACGAAUGCUCUGUCUGGUCCACGUUACUUUAAAUGAAACCCUUAAUAUACGGCAGUGUGGUAAACUACAAAAACUGCAGCUGGCCACAUUAACAUUUCCUGACGACUUCCACCUGGACCUGUCCUCCUGCACGGACCUCGCUGAGAUCUAUUUUUUUAACCUUCGUCUCAUGCAUAUGACCAUCGCCCCGGCCCAGCUGGAGGUGUUUAGUGUAUCUAUCAAUAAUCAGAUGCGGAAGAAGACACCGCCUAUGGAGGUGACAUUUGCAAAUGGUGAACACUUUACAAAGAAACUACGAAAGCAAAGAAUGGACAAUGUUACUUUAAAAACAACCCUUGAUAUACCAGAGCGUGAUAAACAACACAAUCUCCGCCGUACCACAUGUAAAUAAUCGUAAAAGAUAAACGUGAGAUUAAGUUAUUUGAAAAAUGCUAAGGGUAAGUAAUCUGGGCGUUAUCAGUAUGAAUGUCAUUUUCUUGAACAAUAUUUUUUAUUAAUAUACCCCACGGUUACAUCAGUUGAAUAGCUAAGAUUUGUGCAAGUUAUCCAAUAUAACUUAAACAUUUUAAGAAAAUGAAUUUUCUUUUCUUUUUAACUUCUUAAAGCUGCACUAUCACAGAUUAACCAUUUUUACAACUUUUUAAUGUUUUGUCUUGGAAAGAGAAAAUUUUUAAGUAAAUAUCUGCAAACCAAUGAUAAAAGAAUGCUGACAAAUGAUCGGAUCGCAGAUUUGCAUAUUUCCGUUCGAAAAUUAAUGUUUAAUGGCUUUAACCUUACUAACGGUUUAACAAAAAUGCAUAAAACGUUAACCUAAAUCUGAGCUUUAAUAUUUUGUCAGCAGUUUUAUAUAACUGGUUUCCAUGGAUUUUCGCAAAAAUUGGCUUGUUUCAAGACUUAAAAGUUGUCAAAACGUUCAAUCUGUGAGAGUGCAGCUUUAAAUAUGUUUUUCAUAUCUUGUAAAUAUUUUGAUUUAUUAUUUAAUUAAACAUUGUUUUGAUCCGUGAAUCACAGUCCUAGGAACAACUUUGCUUACAGGUUUAUGAUACCAAAAGACAUAUUUUGUGCAAAUAGUUUGUUGGAUCAAGUGGGAUACUUUAGAUAAACAUAAAAUGUUCGUGAUAUUGUAUAUAACUACUCGGGUUUAUGAAAGUAAUACUUACUGUGUAAAUGUGAGGAUAAUUCGAAUACUUGGCCGAUUGUACGGAACAUUUUUCAAGUUAACAACGUUGUUAACGUAAUCGCUUACUUUCAGAUCGUUGCUGCUCCGAAAAUCUAAUGGAUUUAAUCGAUGUCUGUUGUAUAUCUUAGAAAAGAUUUAAGGCCGCCCAAGAAGAUGUAUGUUAUAUAUUUCAUAUCAAUACGCGAGCUCAUAAUGAAAUAGUUAAUUUUUAAACGUUAUUAUCGAUGUCGUAAAUCAUAUUGAUUACUUCGACAAAGUUCUGAACAAUCGAGCCAGUGUUUACAACACCAGUGAUAAUCAAUGUGGUAUAGCCUGAAAAGAUCAUCAAUAGUACAUAGUGUACAUAUAUAACUAAAAGUUAUAACAAUAUUCAUUAACAUUGAUAGUUAUAGCAAUAUUCAUUAACAUUUAUAGUUAUGACAAUAUUUAUUAACAUUAAUAGUUACACCAAUAUUCAUUAACAUUUAUAGUUACACCAAUAUUCAUUAAUAUUUAUAGUUACACCAAUAUUCAUUAAUAUUUAUAGUUACACCAAUAUUUAUUAACAUUAAUAGUUACACCAAUAUUCAUUAACAUUUAUAGUUACACCAUUAUUCAUUAACAUUUAUAGUUACACCAAUAUUCAUUAACGUUUAUAGUUAUAGAAAGAUUCAUUCACAGUUUUGCAAUCUGAUGACAUACAUGUUUAAUUAAUGUUUAUUAAGGAUGAGAGUGGUCUGUUUUAAGUAAAUAUUAAAAUAACUGGCAAAGGUAUAGUAAACGCAUUGAUAGAGGUAGCUUUAAUAUAAUAAUGCGUGUAUAUGCUCUUAAGGUAAGCCAUCCAUCAUAAAUUCAUUGCUACUGGUUUCAUUUUAAAGUUGCUAAAUGUAAAGUUUGAUUAUUGUUAAAGUAUUCACAAAAAGUUUGUGUCAUUGUGGUGUAUUUGAAAAACGUAAUUCAUGCAAAAGAAUAUAACGGUUAGUCAAAUAUGAAUUAGACAUAUAAUAAAUCUUGAUUUUACUAUCUAAAAUACACUAACACGUCUUUGCAUCCAAACGAUUGACGGCUCACCUUAAUGCACUAACACAUCUUAGCAAAAUGAUCAAUGGCUUACCUUAAUGCACCAACACAUAUUUGCAUCCUAAUGAUGGAUGGCUUACCUUAAUGCACCAACACAUAUUUGCAUCCUAAUGAUGGAUGGCUUACCUUAAUGCACCAACACAUAUUUGCAUCCUAAUGAUGGAUGGCUUACCUUAAUGCACCAACACAUAUUUGCAUCCUAAUGAGAAAUUGCUAAGUCCUUAAUGCACCAACACAUUUUUGCAUCCUAAUGACGGAUGACUUAGUUUAAUGCACUUACACGUCUUUUCAUCCUAAUGAUGGAUGGCUUACCGUAAUGCAUAAACAAAUCUUUGCACCCUAAUGGUGGAUGGCUUACCUUGAUGGACUAACACUUUUUUGCAUCCUUAUUAUGGAUGGCUUUCCUUAAUGUACUAACACAUCUACGCGUCCUUAUGAUAGAUUGUUUGCCUUAAUGUACUAAAACAUCUUUGUAUCCUUAUGAUGGAUGUCUUACCUUAAUGCACCAACACAAAGCUGCAUCCUUAUGAUGGAUGGCUUACCUUGACACUAACACAUCUUAUUGCAGCUUAUUGAUGGGUGGCUUAGAUUAUUGCACUUACACAUCUUUGCAUCCUAAUGAUGGUUGGCUUACCUUAAUUCACUAACACGUCUUUGCAUCCUUAUUAUGGGUGGCUUACCUUAAUGCACUAAUACGUCUUUGCAUCAUUAGUACGGGUGGCUUAGCUUAAUGCACUUACACGUCUUUGCAUCCUUAUUAUGGUUGACAUACCUUUAUGCACUAAUACGUCUUUUCAUCCUUAUUAUGGGUGGCUUAGCUUAAUGCACUAACACGUAUUUGCAUCCUAAUGAUGGGUGGCAUACCUUAAUGCACUAACACGUCUUUGCAUCCUUGUUAUGGGUGGCAUACCUUAAUGCACUAACCAAUCUUUGCACCCUAAUGAUAGAUGGCUUAUCUUAAUGCACUAACAUGUCUUUGCAUCCUUAUUAUUGAUGGCUUAUCUUAAUGCACUUACACAUAUAUGCGUCCUUAUGAUGGAUGGUUUACCUUAAUGCACUAACACAUAUUUUGUAUACUUAUGAUAAAUGGCUUACCUUAAUGCAUUAACACAUCUUUGUAUCCUAAAGAUGGAUGGCUUACCUUAAUGCACAAACACAGCUUUAUAUCCUAAAGAUGGAUGUCUUAUCUAUUGGUUUAUCCUGAUGCACUUACACGCCUUUUCAUUCUAAUAAAGGAUGGCUUUCCUUAAUGCAAUAAUACAUCUUUGCAGCUCGAUGAUGGGUUACUUACCUUAAUGCACUAACACGGCUUUGCAAUCGAAUAUUAGAUAGCUUACCUUAAUACAUUAACACUUUUUUGCAGCAUAAUGACUGAUGGCUUACCUUAGUUCAUUCACACAUCUUUGCAGCAUAAUGACGGAUGGCUUACCUUAAUAUGCACUAACAUAUCUGUGCAGCCUUAUGACGGAUGGGGUUUACUCACACAUCUUUGCAGCAUACUGACGAAUGGCUUACCUUAAUGCACUAACACAUCUGUGCCUCAUAAUGACAGAUAGCUUACCUUAGUUCACUCACACAUCUUUGCAGCAUAAUGACGGAUGGCUUACCUUAAUGCACUAACACAUCUGUGCAGCAUAAUGACAUAUAACUUACCUUAGUUCACACACACACAUCCGUGCAGCCUCAUGAUUGAUGAUUAAUCUUCAUGUUGUUCUAAAAAACAAACAUUCAACAAUUACUAGUUUUGUCACUUUUUUAAACGAUGAAAUCUAAAGAAGUGAUGAAUGUGUUUGAAAAAGAAAACUAUUGACAUAUCAAUGUAUAUUUACAUGUAUUUUGUUUAGAAUCGACAAUUAUAUGUCCAUUAGAAUUUGCCAUAUAGUUCGCUAUAUGCUAUCUCUUUGGUGCAAUUCUCUGUAGAUUAUGUUUGCUCUGAACUUUAAAUUAUGCAUGUAUUCACAUAAACUGUUGGAUCAUAUGUAGAUGGUAGAUAUUGUCAAUAAUAUUGUAAUUUUCAUUGCGAACCUAUGUUUAAUAAUGUUGAUCAGAUGGUCAUCUAUUAAGACGUUAUUUCAUAUGUAAAAACACUUAAGAGUGUAUACUUCUAUUUUUCAUGUAUUGUGCUUGCAUUUUAUCAUUAUUUGAUUUGCAAUUUAGUAGAAUGCAAAUUUGAAGAUGUUUCAUUUGUUAUGAUAAAAGAAGGAACUUUAACAAACGGGUUGAUUUUCGUCGGUUAAAAGUGGUCACAAUGUGAUCACAGUCACUUGGAAUUUCUAAACCAAACAUCUAUUUAAUGAGUGGUCAACAUUUUAUUUUGUCCUUUGAAAAGGAAAUACUUCUCAAGUGUUCUGAUUUUUCUGACAUUUAUUUCUGUAAAUAAGCAGUUUGAUUUUUAUCAGAUAAGGCGGUAAAAAUGAAUAUUGACUGGUCAAGAAAGUGGGUAGUUUACAAAAUAGUAUGUUGACCACUAAAACAUUUUAUAUGUUCUUAUGUUAGUAAUGACGUACUAACAAUUAUUAACCAUUACAUAAUCAGUAAAUAUCUCUUUACUUUACAACGAAAUGGACAUGAGCAUGAGUCAUAUAGUUGUUUAUUUGUGUCUUUUCUGAACACAUGAGGCAUUUGUAGUGAUCUUUUCCUUUAUCCAUCUGAACAACUCGGCCACUUUCCAUCGAAAACUACCUCUGAUGUAUACUGGCGGUUUACAAUGUCAGAAUGUUUACAUUUAAGUACGCUACAAGUUGAUCGCGUAGUAAUUAAAAUGUAGCAGUUUAACCCAAUGGCUUUCCUCUAGGAACCUUAAUAAGUUAUGCACUAAUACACUUCAAUGGCAAUUGAACUUGAACAUAGUAGUAUACAAUACACAAUUAACACUGAAACUACUUCCGAUGUUGUUUUCUAUGGAAAAUGGCUGAUGUUUUGCAAAUGCGCAUGAAGUUGCGCCAGAAGACCACCAGACAUCUCUGGUACCUGACUCUCAGCACUCUGUUGUCUCCUUGCGCCAGAAGACCACCAGAUAUCUUUGGUACCUGACUCUCAGCACUCUGGUGUCGCAAUGCACCAGGAGACCACCAGACAUCUCUGGUACCGGACCCUCAGCACUCAGGUGUAGCCUUGUGCCAAAAGACCACUAGACAUCUCUGGUACCGGACUCUCAGCACUCUGGUGUCUCCUUGCGCCAGAAGACCACCAGACAUCUCUGGUCCCUGACUCUCAGCACUCUUGUGUCGCAAUGCGCCAGAAGACCACUAGACAUCUCUGGUACCUGACACUCAGCACUCUUGUGUCGCCUUGUGCCAGAAGACCACUAGACAUCUCUGGUACCGGACUCUCAGCACUCUGGUGUCGCCUUGUGCCAGAAGACCACUAGACAUCUCUGGUACCGGACUCUCAGCACUCUGGUGUCGCCUUGGCAUUAGGUACUCGUAUAUACAUUUGUAAACCACAAGCCAUCUAUUAAAUGAACAACUAAAACCACGAAGAAAUUAGGCUGGUCUGUACAUAAAUAAAAUAUAUGUAAUUCAUGAUAAAAAUAAUCAAUCAUCCUGUUUUAUGUGAUAAAAUAUGUUGCGCAAAAAAUGUUCACACAAACCCAUAUAUUCGUGUUUUUAUUUGUAAAGAAGACAAAACAAAUACCGAAAAGUUUCUAAUAUUUUUUAUAAUGUUUGAAAAAUCUCUGACUGAAAUAUAAACAUUUUCCUUUUAGAUUAAUAGUUCAAUGGGUAUUUAUGUAAUUGUAAGAAAAAUAACUUAUUACGAAUGAUUCACAGCUUGCUUAAACAAUGUUGUCGUCUGCAAUUAUGUUUUAUAGACAAAGAUCUAGCUUUCAGUCUUUGUGAAGUGAAAUCAACAAAGUGGCAGACAUCAGGCAGUGGAAUGCGAACCACUGCAGGAAAAUACAGUACACGUUUCACAUACGAAAAUGUAGAGAUACCAGUUGCUACUUACCAAAGCGGACCACGAGGUCAGGAAUUAUCAUCACAGGGACUUCCGGAUCCUAUCCUGGACAAAGAUGAUCAACAUUAUAGUUUAAAGGUCACACAAGGACAGUAUCGUCAAGGUGACUGAUAAAUCUGAUCGGCCUUAGUCAAAGCCUAUGGUAGCUUCAGCUCAGACACUCGGGAUGUAAAUGCAACAAUGAGACACCAGCAUAACAAGGAAAACCUUCCCUUAAAUACUGUGUACAAAACUGGGAGUGAACGAUCUUUUUUUUUCUUUUACAUCUAUUCGAGCUGUCACUCACCAACUUUAGGAAACAUCCCUGAUCAACGUCUCUUCCAGUUCAUGUUGAUACUGACCAAGCCAGCAGCAGUACCACUGAUCUUUAUCCAUAUGUUUUUGAGGAUAAAUGAGAAGAAAUCUCAUCUGAAGCGCCUGACCAUUCUGUUGAACAUACCAGUCCAGCUGCGGAGGGACUUAUUGGACCAACUUACGGAACCAACCAUCUCAUUGAUUGCUCAAACAGGACAUUGUUGAAUGUAACGACCCUCGGCUGUACUACAGUCGCAACACUUUAACAUACGAACCAAACCUACUGAUUGCUACUUGUAUAUCUUCAAUUCAAUUUUACCUGUGGAACUCCCAUAACAGAGUGGUAGUAGCUAGAAAACGUUUGGAAACUCCGUAGUUAUAUCCUUUUAGGCAAGCAAAUUAUUUAACGGAAUAAACGUGUGUUGUGAUUCUGGGACAUUGGUGGUGUUAUUGAUAGCUCUUCGAAAACUAAAAACAAACCUGGGUGUCCCAUUUAUGAGAUCUUCAUGAAAAUGGAAAAGAUCCAAUCGCCAAGCGCCCAUAUUGUAAAUAAAACAUGAAGUAGACAACUGGAACAUUCAUAAGAAUAUGUUGCAAUAUGAAUAUCAUGCUCAAUGACAAUGAAUGUAUAGCAAAAAUUGAGAAUAUUAAAAACCAGAAUUCUGUUCAGAUUUUGUAUAAUGUUAUAGCAAAAAAUACUCUUGGUAAAUGGGCUUUGUAGGCUGUUGUGUUUUCAAGAAAUAAAUCCAGGCUUUUGUGUCAGCCAUGGGAUCGUUAUUGCGAACAUUAUGCAACGCGGUUAACCUCCAUCAUAACUAAAGUGUUCAGUAAAAAACCCAAAUGAAACUUUUUACAAACGAGCAAAAUACACAAGUAUUGUAAUGUUCAUUACUAGUUUAAAUUAUCAUUAAAAUGCCCCUUUUAAAUGAUGAAAUUAUGAAGGAGCAUUGGCGUUUCUUCCGCAGCACUUCCAUUUGAAAGAUUCAUAAUAUUGAGUGGUCGGAAGCAAAGUCCUUAUUUCAAGAGUAACACUUGUAUUGUUAGGUUUAGAAUCUGUGAAUCCCAAACCAAAGUUUGUGUUGAUGUCUGGAAGAAGAAAGUGUGUUUUUGUAUGAUUUUAAUUAGAUACAACAGCUGUUUUCUUUGUUAUAAUCUCUGAUCAUUUACUUUAUAUAUAUUUUUUUUAUAACUUUGUGUGUAAAAAUUGAAUUGUUUGUAUAAAAAAACAGCUUGACCUAAUGUUUAAAUGAAUUGGAGACGGAAAGAAUAAAAAUGUGUUUUUGUGUGUAUUUUUGUAGGAAUUUCCGAAAUAAAACUGAAUAAAAUGCUAAAUACAGAA